AUGUCUGAAGAAAGAAAAUUUGAAUCGGGGGCAAAAAAAAGAGCAAAAAAGAAAAGUCAACUUCUUGUAGCAGUUCGUGAAUGUAAAACUCAAACCAAAUUUUUUUUUACACCUAACAGUGAUACGUUAAAAAAUAUACCUGUAAUGAAGUCUGUGAUUAAUGAAAUUGAUGAAAUAAAUACAAUUAACAAUACAAUACCUGGAUCAAACCCAAUUAAUAAUGAAAUAGAUACAAUUAACAAUAAAAUACCUGAAUCAAACACAAUUAAUAAUGAAAUGAAUACAAUUAACAAUACAAUAACUGAAUUGAACACAAAAAAUAAUGAAAAAACAGAAUUAAAUAUGAAAACUAAGCUUGAUAUUCUAGAUUACCUAAUUACCGUAACGACAUCAGACAAACCAAAAAUUACAAAUGAGUUGUUACAAUCUCUAGUAAAAUAUGGGGCAUGUCAACCGUUUGAAAAAGACAUGACAAAUAAUACUUUUCCGAUAGAUCCUAAGACAAAACGUCAUUUUUCAUCAUCUUAUUAUUUUAUAAAAAAUUCUAUGAACGAGAUAACCAAGUAG